AUGAUGCUGUUUGUUCCAAAGGGGACUGCUUACGCAUUGGCGCGCCGCUGUACAUAUGCAUCUAUUCAUACAUGUACCAUAACAUGCACAGCGCCACGAACUGUUGUACUCGAUGCACAGGAACGUGUUUCUGUUGCUCAAGUCUUGCAGGAACACUGCUCUAACGAAGCAGGUUCCUUUGUCGUGGCUCGAGACGAAUACGGUGUGCCUGUUUCUUUGGGAGACAAGAAUUAUCGCAAUUUCUCGUCGCUGAAAUUUUUACCAUUCCACACUGAGGACAAGCUCCCUCAGCGAACUUUCUGGCUAUCAACGGCUUAUGUUUUGACUAAGGCCGUUUCUCAGGCUUGUAAUGGGCCAAUAUUUUGCGGCACACCCAGUGUGCAUGAGCGUUCUGGCGAUCAGAUCGACGCGACUUCGGGUUUCUCUUUAGAACUCAUGCGAAUGGCUACACCGCGGCGCAUUGAGCGCUCAGAUUUACUCGCUACACAACUUAGAGUGGAUGAUAUACUUCAGAAUCUUGCAUGGGAGCAACAGAAGCAAGGUGUACCGAAACUGGCUUCAGAAGAAUUAGAGAAAAUGGAACAAUAUGCUAAACAAAUGUGCAACAAAUCUAUGACUUUCCAUGUUUCCUAUAUGCCCUGGGAAGAGGCGUUUGAUAUAUUUGCUGACAAUCCACUUGUCUUACAGACUGUGCUGGGAUUUGGCGCAUCUUCGCAGCAUGUUCCUGUGGUAUACAUUGAUGACCAUCCAGUCGGAGUACUUCCCUCUGCUGAUGAUGUGCUGCUUCGACGCACGAAACCGAUCAAGGCAAUCAAACUCACAGGAUGGUCCACUGCUACCAUGCCACGUUUUCAUGAAUUAAGCAGCCUACAGCCUCUGGUUUAUCUACGCGGUAUUUCAUUUCCGGGUGCUCAAGAUUUGCACGAGUACACCUCACGAUUGAAUGAACUUGAAAAAUCAGACCACCGGCAUCUUGGUAUGGCACAAAGUCUAUUUUUUGCGCACGACUCAUCACCAGGCAGUCCUUUCGUCUUGCCACACGGUAUGCGGCUACUCCGCAAAGUUGAGCGGGUCAUUCGUGAUCUUUAUGAUGCUUUCGGUUAUGAAGAAGUUCAGACGCCUCAGCUUUUUCGUAGCUCGCUUUGGAAGCAAAGUGGGCACUGGGACAAGUACCGCGAAGAUAUGUUCAGUGCCCAAGGCUUUUCGUGCUGUGGUGCACACAAUGAUGUUUUUGGGCUCAAGCCUAUGAAUUGUCCCGGUCAUUGCGUUAUGUUUUCACACCAGCCACGGUCGUAUCGUGACCUCCCCAUGCGCCUUGCCGAAUUCAGUCCGUUGCAUCGAAAUGAGGCAUCAGGUGCUCUUUCCGGAUUAACUCGCGUGCGCCGGUUUCACCAAGAUGAUGCGCAUGUAUUUUGCACACCGUCACAAGUAUCGGAAGAAAUUGAAUCUAUGCUUCAUAUGUUGUCACUAGCAUACCGUGUUUUCGGUUUUGGUGAUCGCUUUGAACUGGUUCUUUCGACACGCCCAGAGAAUUAUUUGGGACAAGUUUCUGCAUGGGACCAAGCUGAAGCCAGUCUUAAAGAAGCACUCGAUGCCAGUGGAAAGACGUGGUCCCUGAAUGAAGGUGAUGGCGCGUUUUAUGGUCCCAAAAUUGAUAUCCGGCUCGUGGAUGCCAUGGGUCGCAAACACCAAACAGCCACCAUCCAGCUAGAUUUUCAGCUGCCUGAGCGCUUCAAGCUAGAAUAUGCUCAACCAGUCAAUUCAGGAAACGCUUACGAGGUCCGACCUGGGUAUGCUCGCCCUGUGAUGAUUCAUCGGGCUAUUCUUGGUAGCUUCGAACGGUUUCUCGCGAUCCUUGUGGAACAAUGCAAGGGAUGGUGGCCAUUUUGGCUUAGUCCUCGUCAAGCUGUGGUGAUUCCAGCCUACAGUGGCGAUGCGGACACUCACCAUGUUGUAGCAAAUCAUGCUAUGCACGUUCAACAUGUUCUGAGUGGAAGCACGCAAGAGACGCGCAGUACACGCAAUCCAUUUCUCUCACCUAGUGUGGCGCAUCACACGUUACAAGUGCCCACACGGACACGCUUCCAAGUGGAAUUACCACCUCAUUACCUGAUUUCCUCGGGUGACACGCUCGGCAAGAAAGUACGCCAAGCUCAGCUGAACCGUUACAAUUUUGUGAUUAUUGUUGGAGCACAAGAGGCUCAAAAUGGCACGGUGAGUCUGCGCAUGCGUGAUGAAAAAGCUGCCCCAGCGUGGCAUGCAGGCGCCGAUGCACCACAUACAACGUCGUGCAAAGUGUAUGACCUUACAUGGGCUGUUCUAAAGGCCACUUUCCCAGACCGAUUCGCACAGGACGUCAAGCCUAGCGUUGAUCUUGGGACAUGGGAAAUCCCUGAUCUCCGACGUUUCUUCGCUGUGCUAGAUGCACUGCACGUUUAG